UACAAGAAAAUAAAGUUUUAAUAUUAUAUUGGUGUAAUGUAACUACUUAUUUAACCACCAGUUAAUUAUUUAAAGUUAUAAAGAUUAACUAUUUUUAUUAAAUUUUGACAGCAAAAAAGACAUAGCUGCUGCAAAUUACUUAAUGCACACUAUGCAUUGUCAACGCAAUAUAGUAUUAUGUAAAAAAUGUAAUGAAUCUGUCUCUAGAAAUGAAAUUGAAAUCCAUAAUACAGAAAUGCAUAGUCAAAUCGUCUGUGAGAAGUGUUCUAAAGUCAUGGAACGCUGGAAGUUGGAAGAACAUAAAUUGUUGUGCUCCAAGAGAGUGGUGCAGUGUUCAUAUUGUGAAUUAGAAUGCUCCUUGGACGAAAUGGAAGAACAUGAAUCGUACUGUGGCAGCAGGACUGAGAUCUGUCCUCUGUGUAAACAGUAUGUAAUGAUAAAGAACAGGACAGAACAUGAGACAAGAAAUUGUGCUGAAACACCAACACGUUCAUUAGUUAAAAAUGAAAAUGUAAUUGCAGAUAAUUGUAAGUACAGUAUAAGUUUUAAGUUUAAAAGUAUGAUGUACUAUUAUACUUUCCAUAUUAAUGUUUUGUAAAAGUUACUUAUGUCU